AUGGAUGAAUUGUUAAGGGAAGCUUUUAAUAUGCAUCAAGUUGAUCAAGAGACUUCGGAUCCUAAUAUCUGUGACAUUGAUGUUGAUGUGAAUGUCGUGGAUGGAACCUACAGGGGGGUAGAUGAAGAACAACCUUCAGAUGACGCUGCAAAGUUUUACAAGUUGUUGAAAGAAAUGAAUGAAAACCUUUAUGAGGGCUCAAAGAAUUCAAGAUUGUACUUCUGUAUUCGCCUGUUUCAUCUGAAAUGCAUGUGUGGGAUGACUGGAAAAUGGCUCGAUCUGUUGAUUGAAUUUCUACAAGAAUUUUUUCCCUUAGCUGUUAUUCCUAGAAGUAGUCAUGAGUCGAAGAAAGUAAUCAAGGAUUUGGGUCUUGGGUAUGAAAAAAUUCAUAUUUGCCCUAAUUACUGCAUGCUAUAUUGGGAGCAUAACGAACAUCAACAAUCUUGUCAUGUGUGCGAGUGUUCUCACUGGGUGUCGAAUGAUCCCAAACAUCCUUCGGAUGAUGAUGGUGAUAUCGUUCAUAAGAGGCAUGCAAAGGUUUUACGGUAUUUUCCUUUAAUACCACGAUUGCAAAGGAUUUUCAUGUCUUCGAAGACUGCAGUUGAUAUGGUUUGGCAUGCUACCAGUCGAACAAAUGAUGGCUGUUUGAGAUGCCCUGCCGAUGCUGAGGCAUGGAAAUCAUUUGAUGCAAGAUAUCCAGAUUUUGCCUCAGAACCACGAAAUGUUAGGCUUGGGCUUUCUUCAGAUGGAUUUAACCCAUUCAAAAUUUUAAGUACAUCUUAUAGUACUUGGCCAGUAGUUUUGAUUUCCUAUAAUUUGCCGCCAUGGAUUGGGAUGAAGCAACCUUCUUUCAUCUUAUCAAUGAUUAUUCCAGGCGACAAAGGUCCUGGAAAUGAUAUCGACAUCUACUUGCAACCUCUCAUUAAAGAGUUAAAGCAAUUGUGGGUUGGUGUUCAGACAUUUGAUGCAUCAAUGAAAAGGAAUUUUCAGUUGAGGGCUGCUUUAUUAUGGACUAUUAACAAUUUUCCAGCUUACGCAAAUUUAUCAGGUUGGAGUACCAAAGGAAAAUAUGCAUGUCCUUGUUGUGCGGCACAAACUUCUUCAAGAUGGUUAUCAAAUGGGAGAAAUUUUUGUUUCAUGGCACAUCGACGGUGGUUAGAAAAUGAUCAUCCAUUCCGAUUACAGAAACAUAUGUUUGAUGGCACAAUUGAGAUGCGUGGAGCUCCUUCAGCAAUUUCUGGAUCAAAUACUUUGUUACUAUUAAAAGAUUUGCAAUUUACAUAUGGGAAAGGGACGAAAUGUAAUUUGAAGAAAUCCAAAUCUACUUCUACAUCAGUGAAAAGACAACAUCAAGCGUCCAAUGUCGCCGUAGACAAUGAUGAAGAUGGGAUAGAGGAAGAUGAAUCACAUGCGGCAAUACUAUGGAAAAAGCGAUCCAUUUUCUUUGAAUUACCUUAUUGGGAGUAUAAUCUUUUGCGCCACAAUCUCAAUGUCAUGCUCAUCGAGAAAAAUAUUUGUGAAAAUAUUGUUGGAACAGUUCUUAAUGUGGAUGGGAAAUCAAAAGACAAUUUAAAAAGUAGACUAGAUUUGGUGGAAUUGGGCAUUCGUCGAGAGCUUCAUCCCGAAUAUCUUUCCAAUGGAAAUACAAGACUACCACCGGCAUCCUUUUCCAUGUCCAAUGUUGAAAAAGAUUUCUUUUGUCAUGUAUUAAGGAAUAUAAAAGUUCCAGAUGCAUACUCUUCAAAUGUUUCCAAAGCGGUGAAUGAGAAAGAACGAAAACUUCAAGGGUUAAAAUCUCAUGACUAUCAUAUAUUACUACAUGAUUUGCUCCCAAUUGCUUUGCGCUCAUCCAUGUCAAAACAAGUGACUCCCCGCCAUUACGGAACUUUCAAAUAUAUUCAAAAUCCUUUGUGGUUUUUGCUCAAAUUAAAAAAUUAUGUCCGAAAUAAGAGAUUUCCUGAAGGGUCUAUUGCAGAAGGAUAUUUGGCAGAAGAAUGUGUAACUUUUUGUUCGAGGUAUUUGGUUGAUGUUAAAACUGUAUUUGAUAAACCUGCGAGAAAUCUAAGACAAGUUCAUGAUGAGAGUAUUGCAAGUUGUUAUCUAUUCCAAAGUGGUGGAGAGCCAAUAGGGAAAAUUGAUGUGGUGGAGUUGGAUGAUAGAUCAUGGGCACAAGCACAUCGUUAUGUGCUAUUACAUCAUGAAGCUAUUGAACCAUUCCAAGAUGAGUAUAAAAACAUAUUGAGAUAUCAAAUGCGUGGUCGACGUUCAAUCGCACGGGAUGUUAAUAGGAAAUUUACUGAAACUUUCCAUGAAUGGUUAGGGCAAAAUAUUUCUAAUCGUAGUGAGGUGAUUGAAGACAUUAAAUUCCUUUCAAAAGGUCCAAACAGAAUUAUAAAAAGGUAUAAAGGGCUCAUCAUUAAUGGAUAUCGAUUUCAUACAAAAUCUCGGGAAAGAUGUAGGAGAACACAAAAUUCUGGAGUUCUUGUUACUUCUUCCACAAUGAGCUAUGCCAGUACGCGGGAUGCUAGUCCAUUAGAAGGAAAUGUCGACUAUUAUGGUAUAUUGACUGAUAUAAUUGAGUUGGAUUAUUUCAACAAGUUCAAGGUUGUGCUAUUUCGAUGUGAUUGGGCUGAUGUGACCAAUAGUAGGGGAAUCAAGAAUGAUAAAUAUGGGUUCACAAUGGUUAAUUUUUCUCGCACAAUUCACACGGGCGAACACAUUCUCGAUGAGCCAUAUGUGCUUUCAUCUCAAGUGAAGCAAGUUUUUUAUUCUGAAAACCCAAAAGAACCUGGUUGGUUCGUUGUGAUACGCAAUCUUGGACCUACAACUGAAUGUUUUCCUUCUAUUGAUGAGGGUAUUUUCAGUGCACAUGAUGCCGGCCAUUGGGCUCGUUAG